UGAAGCAACAGUUGAGAGUGUUUCGUCUUCCUCUAAGGCUUGGCAGAAACCAUUUACAAUAAGAACAACCAGAUUCCUCCUGAAACUACUUCAAUCUUCAAAAACUAAAACUACUUCAAUCUUCUGAUCAUCCAGUCCUGCUCCGACACUCAAUAGAAUGUCUGGUGUUAUUAAAUCGUUAAUAAUGAUUAUGUUAAUAUAUCUCAACCUGACUCAAGUGAAAUUGGAAUCUUCUAAAGCUAAAUCCUACAAGAGAGUGUGCUAUUAUACCAACUGGUCUCAGUAUCGUGCCUCCCCUGCGAAGCUGUUGCCGAAAGACAUUGAUCCUUUCCUUUGUACCCACCUUGUGUUUGCUUUUGCAAAAUUUGAUCACAGCGGCCAUCUUGCACCGACUGGUUGGAAUGACAUUGCGUAUACAAGUCUAUACAAACAGUUCAAUAAACUGAAGAAUAAAAACCCCGAACUGAAGACAUUGCUAGCCAUAGGUGGCUGGUCUAUGGGCUCGUCCCCGUUUACAGCGAUGGUGAAGACUCAAGCAACCAGACAGAACUUCAUAAACCAUGCUGCCGGUUUCCUUCGAAAACACAAUUUUGAUGGUCUUGAUCUCGACUGGGAAUACCCGGCUACCCGAGGUAGCCCUCCCGAAGACAAACAUAGAUUCUCCAAAUUAGUAAAGGAGCUUCGAUAUUCAUUCAGUAAGGAGGCAGUGAAAAGCGGGAAACGUCGUCUGGUCAUAUCUGCUGCUGUCGGCAAUUCUCCUGAAAAAAUUGAUUUAUCCUAUGACGUACCUAUUAUUUCAAAUUGGGUUGUUAAAAGAUGGAUUGAACUCGGAGCAUCGCCACAGAAAUUAAUCCUGGGAAUUCCGAUGUAUGGACGUGGGUUUACAUUUUGUACCAACCAAAUUACACCAGGUUCCCCAAACUGUGGAAAAUCAAAACCAGGAACUUUCACAAAAGAAAAGGGUAUUCUUGCAUUUUCUGAAAUCAAGCAAUAUCUGGACAAUGGCUGGAAAAGAAAAUGGGAUAAGGAACAGAUGGUUCCCUAUGCCUACAACAUGCAUGAAAAACAAUGGGUUGGCUACGACGACGAACAAAGCAUCAGAUUAAAGAUCGAUUAUUUAAAACGUUAUCAGCUUGGUGGUGCGAUGACCUGGGCGCUGUCCUUGGAUAGUUUUGGUAAUACCAAAGAUAAAACCACUCGCUUCACUCUUCACAGAGUUAUAAAGACAUUUCUAGAAGAUACUGACAGCGAAAAUACAAGAACGACAGAAGGAAAAAUGACUUUGAGCUACUCUCUUUGGAAUAAACCGGAACGGACAACAAAAUCAAUUCCUUAUAAAUCAAGUACAGAAAAUGAUGUGCAAAAUAGUUUCUCCAGCGGCGUAUUAUCAUUACUAGAAGAACCUAAUGAAGGUUUUAGAACGACAGACAGAACCAAUCCAACAUGGAAAACAACCAUGGAACCAAACAUUUUUAUAACGGAAUCACCAAUGAAAAAUCUGGAACAAAAACGGAAAAUAAAGCCAAGUAUAUCAACCACAGACAAUACUAUAUCUUUAACUAAUCGAAACAGUCAAAUAACAACAACUUAUAGCUCUACCAUGUUUCCGAAACAAUAUCAAACACUGCCAAUAACUUUCGGGUCUUCAGAUCACAAUUUGAUAAACGUUCCUGUUUUGGAAGUUGUAUUUCCUGGACGAAAUAAUGGCGGUGAAAGAGAAACAUCAAAGAAAUCUAAACAAGAAUCUGAGUAUAGCAUUAAGUCUGGAGUCAAUAUUUUCCAAGGAAAUGCAGACAAAGGUUUGUUUUCUUUUAAAAAAGAACCAUCGCUUCAUUUAAAACAGGAACAAUCUGUACGGAAUCUUCAUUCCACUUCCAAACCAUCUUCAUUGCCAACGACUCCAGAACCUGAAAAAAUAUUACCUUGUGAUGAAGAAACUGAGACUUCUACAGGUAAACUCAAACAAGAAGAUUCUUUGACAGAAGUUUUCAAAUGUCCUUCUUUGUUUGGCAUCUACCGUGACGUCAGAGACUGCACCAGCUUUUUUCAAUGUGUCUGGCAGGUUCCAUUCAGUUAUAAGUGUUCCCCUGGUACAGCAUGGAACGACAGAAUACAAUCUUGUGAUUGGCCAGCUAACACCGGAUGUAUUCUGUAGCGAAGAAUAUGGAAACAAAACGAAACAUCCAUUCUGAAUGCAGCACGAAAGAUGGCUAAAUUAACACUAUCAACACCAACACCACCACCACCGCUGUCACCGCCACCACCACCACCACUAACAACAACAAUAACAAGGUCAACAAUAAUAGCAAAUAUAAUUCAGCAAUAAAUAAGACAGCUUCUACACGGUCCCUCAACCUGCUAGAAAUAGCAGCCAAAUCUGGCUUCACGUUCCAGUUAUGAAAAAUAGAAAGACACUUCAGGUAAUGUGUUCCCAGAUAUUAAAAGAAGAACAAUAUUGGCAUGAUUGGACUGAUGUUGACUAUAAAUCUGUUCGAUCAGGAUUGACCGAAUGUGGGGGGAAAUAACAAGAACAACCAUAAAAAUUAGAGAAAAAAAAAACAAAAGAAAAAAACGUCAAAAAUCUUGAAUUCAAAAGCGGAAUUGGUUGUACAUAAUGGAAUACUAUUUCCAUAACGUAAGAUAUAUUUAAUUACGCGAUAACCAUACGGAAAAGAGGUAAAACUAUGUGCUGUAUAAGGUAUUAUUUAA